AUGGGUCGUAUUGAAGAGCUCCCGGAUGAUUUCGAUGAGUCUCUAGACCUCAACAAGGCGCCCGUCUUCACCCCGCCGCCUACCGCAAAAGAGCCAUCCUUCCUCCCAUCAGGCGAAACUCCCUUUGGGAUAAAGAAAGAUGUCUUCCCUAAGGGAAGUGAGGCUUUUCCAGCUAUGCCACCAGCAAUGGAGUCUGUCAGGUCUCAUACCGCAGACGAGAUAAUAGAGCUCAUGAACCAGACCCCGCUCUUUAUGACAGACGCCGAGAAGGCACUACAGGCUGAAGGUGAUAAUCCAUAUCUGGACGCUAUCCGAGCACUGCAAAACGAAGGCACACGGGCGGACAACGCGCAACGGUUCCGCGAAAAUGGAAACGAUUUUGCGAAAAUGAAGCGAUGGAAGGAUGCAAAGGAGUGCUAUACCAAGGGGAUAUCUAUUUUGACCAUGAAAGAUAAUAGCUGGGAGGAGCCCGAAGAUCCCAAAGAAGAAGCGCGAAGGUUGCGUGAAAUCGAAGAGGCUUGCUACAUCAAUAGAGCAUUAUGCAACUUGGAACUGAAAAAUUACAGAUCCACCACUUUAGACUGCGCGUCUACGUUAAAACUCAACCCGAAGAAUAUCAAAGCGUUCUACCGCUCAGCUUCUGCCCUCCUUGCUCUCGAUAAAGUUGUGGAGGCGGAUGAUGCGUGUGUGAGAGGCCUCCACCAUGAUAAGAAAAACCAGCCUCUGCAAGCCCUUUCAAAGAAGAUAGAAGCGAGAAAGGCGGAAUUGGAUAAGAUCGCGGCGCGGAAGAGAAAGGAACAAGAGCGAGAAGAGAAGAUCCGACUCACGCUCAGCACAGCUCUAGCAGCACGCGAGAUUUCCGUUAGGGAAACCGCCCAGCCACCAGACAUGGAGGAUGCAGCCAUGAAACUCUCGCCUGAUCCUUUAUCGCCAGAGAGCACCCUUGUCUUUCCCUGCGUUUUGCUCUACCCCAUGCACGCGCAGUCCGACUUUAUCAAAGAGUUUGCCGAGACAGACAACAUCGCCCAACACCUUGAGUACAUCUUCCCACUCCCCUGGGACACCACUCAUGAAUAUAACAUCAGCUCCGUGGACUGUUACAUGGAGACUGCUGCAGGCGGGAUGAUCAAGCCUGGAAAGAAAGUUUCGCUGCUCGCUAUUUUGGGCGGAGGAAAAGUCGAGGUCGUUGAUGGUCUGGUGCGGAUCAAUGUCGUACCUACUAAGAUGGCAGCUAAAUGGAUUGCGGAAAUGAAGACGCGGAAAAAUGCCUCGUGA